AUGUCCUUCUUUCGCCAGGUCCAGGCCUUGACCUGGAAGAACCUGCUCGUGGUGGCUUUCCGCCAUCCCGUAGGGUUUCUGUUGACAUUUUAUUGCGCGCCUAUUGCCAUUCUCAUUGUUCUGGCCAUGAUGCCCACGUGGAUUCUCGGCAACCUUGGUCGUCUAUCCCGCCUCGAAUCGCCAUCGGGCCUUACAACCCUCAACAAUGCCAUUUUCGGUGGCCAGAAACUCGUGAUAUCACAAACCCCGAACCUAGGAGCCGAUGCACUGGCUGUCAUUACAAAAAUUACACAGUCUGUUGACAAAGACAAGCUGAUUCUGUUUCAUGAGCCCGUUUCUCGCCUCGGCGAAGUUUGCAACCCUCGAGGCAACGAAUGCUUCGCGGUGGUCCGGUUCAUGGAUUCGCCAGAGACGGCGAUUGAUGGAGCGUCUGGACGAAAUGCGACCUGGAACUACAACAUUCGCACCAAUUCGGUUGCUACUCCCGGGCACAAGGGCAGCGAUGAAUCUGUCCUGCUGCCAUCCAAGCAGCCAUCAACAGCGCCAUCACCAACUCCACACUGA